UUCUGACAUCCUCUUGAGACUCUCUUGGUCUCCACCCACGGAAAUGGCUGUGGGGCAGCACAGGGAGAUUUCCCACACUUGCCCUCCUGCCUUGGAAUAAUGCUGAGAGAGCGGUGAGAGAUGCACUUGCUUCAGAUGUGAACUCUGCCCUCUUUAUCUGCUCAGAGGACCCGCAGCCCACCAGCUGCCAUAAUUCUUGAAAGCACAGUAUGAUUCGGACCCCUCUUGGCCAAAGGAAGGGGAGGGAAGGCUUGUGGUCAGAACCUGACAGUGCUGUCCCUUCAGGAGGCUCCAGGGCAGGGAGGAGGUCUCCUAGCUGCUGACCUCUGCAGCACAGCCUGCCAGACGGCAGCUCCUUUGAGGGGAAGGGUGCCUCCACCAGGUUGAUCAAUCUCCUGGUUUUGGAAUAGCUGCAUGCGUGCCAUAGUUAAUGCCAACUGCACAACAGAUUUUUAAUCUGCUUGGUGGUGGUGUUAUGCACCGGCUUAAGAGGGCUGUUUGGUCAGGGACAGAAUGGAGGGCUUCCUGCUCUGAGAUGAAUAGAUUUCCUUGCAAGUGCACCCAUCUCUACCCCCCCCCCCGCUUCUUCCAUUUUGUAAGUCUUUGUGGUACUUACAAAAUCACAUUUAUCUCUUCAUAUGCUCAUCCUUUUUCUAGUUCAAGUUUCGUCAGAAACUUCUGUAGAAGAUUUUGGAGCACUUUCACCUGAAUUUACCUUUAAUUGACCAAGUGUCAUCUCCUGUGGCUCUACAAGAUGAUAACUUCAUCUUGGUCUUCCUGAAACAGAUUCUAGAUCAGUGAUGGCUAACCUUUUCUGGACUGUUUGCCCGAAGCGCCAUGCCCGAACUCCCAAAAUGCAAUGUGCAUGCACCCCCACGCAUGCAUCCCACCCCUGCAAGUGCUCCACCCCCCUGUGCAUGUGUGCGCAGCCCCCCCACUCCCUGCCCCCUGUGCAUGUACGGCAGAGACCCGACCAGCUGGCUGGCAGGAGGCAUGCAUAUGCAGGGCAGAGCUGAACUGGGGCAACAGCUCAUAUGCCCACAGAGAGCGCGCUGCGUGCCACAGGUUCGCCAACACUUCUAGAUAACAGUUGGAAACUUUGGCCAUGGCCAUGCCUUCACUGUUUUGCAUGAACUGCCUGCUUCAGGCUAUGUAACAGCAGCUCAUUGAGGUGAAGGUCAGGGCUUUGACUUAGCCUUUUCAAAACAAAUUUCUUCUGCUUCAGUCACUCCAUUGUAAUUACUUGUGUGUUUAAGUUUAUUGUCAUGCUUUAUGCCCCACAUAUAUUUAAACUUCCUCUCGUGGACAGUGAACCAAAAAUUGUGUUACAGAAUUUCUUGGCGCAACUCCAAAUCCAUGAUCUCUAGGAUUGUGAGCCAAUUGGGACGAGAGACUGCAAAGAGGCCCUAUUGUGACAGUUCACUGUUGGGAUGAGCUUCUUUGCUGGAUUGCGUUGUUUCGUUUUUCCCUAACAUAAAAAAGUUCCACUUCCAUCCUGUUUGUCCACAGAGCAUUGUGGUCUUCAAUUUGAGAUGGUUGUUUUGUGGAAAGCAUUGUUUCCUCCCUGGCUUCCUCCUGGGCACACAACUCUCGUUUCUUUGAUGGUGAACUCAUGGCCAGGAUUAGUGGAGAAGGCAAGCCUGGCCUGCAAAUGCUUUACUGUUACCGUUGGGUUUUUUGCAGCCUCUGGGUUAUUGUAUGCUUUGCUCUUAGGUGAUCUUUUUUUUUUUUUGGGGGGGGGGGAGGUCUAUUCCUGAUUUUCUCAAUUUGAGCACUGUUUCCCUGACCAUGAAUUGAUAAAGGCCAAAGUCCUUAGGAUUUACUCUGUUUCCCUUUCUAGACUGUUGAGCAUUGCCAGACCUUUCCCUGGGAUCUGCAGAGCAGGGGUAAAAUGCUACCAGUUCACACCAGUUCAGGUGAACCGGUAAUAAAAAAAAGCUGCCAGUUUUUCCAAACAGGUAUUUUUGAUGAUCAGCUGUACCUCGCGAUUUACAUUCGCUAGAAAGCAAGAAAUCCUGAUUUCUAGCAAAUAUAAAUUGCACGGCACAGCUGUCCCUCCCCCUCACUGUUCUACUUACCUUGUUGUAAGCCUCCUUUUCCCAUGUGAAGCAUUUGGUGUGCACUGCAUGCGUAUGCAGUGUGCAUUAGGUGUGCACUGCGCAUGCGGCAAGUGCAGCGUGCUUUUGGUGCGCGCUGCACAUGCGUACUGUGCAUGCACAGGCAGUGAACUGGUGGCAAUCCACGGAGGAUUUCUGUUGUGUCUUGCCCGCUCUCACAGCAGCCGGGGCCUUCUUAUCUGCUCCCGAACACGGAGGAAUGUAUGCCUCCCGGCCCCAGUCCUGGCUCCAUGCCCAGACAAGCUGAAGAGGAGGGGGCACCUCCCGGUCCCAGCCCUGGCUCCAUGCCCAGACAAGCUGCAGAGGAGGGAGCACCCCCCGGCCCCAGCCCUGGCUCCAUGCCCAGGCAAACGGAGCAGCUAGACCCCUCCCCCUCCUCCACAGCAUGUGAGCCUGAGGAAGGUUUAUUUCCAACAGCUGCUGAUUGGAGUGACCCUCGCAUCAGAAGACUGGAUAGGCGGAGGCAACAGAAGGAAGGGAGGGGCAGGCCUUAAUGAGUGCUGAGUCAUGGAGCCACACCCCAUGGCCUAUAUAAAGGAUCUGCUUUCUGGCAGUCUCUGAGUCAGGCAAAGUCGAACUUAUCUUGCUGAAGUCACUUUCUGGUCUUCUGCCUGCUCUGAGGACUUUGCUAGGACUUUGGGCAGAGCUGCAGAGGCAAGCCUGAUUCGGAUUUCCCUGACCCGGCUGUCAGCGGAGGAGUGGGACACGACAAUUUCACUUCCCCUGCAUCUGUGUUCUGAGGAACAGACUCUGAUGGUGGCAAUCAGUGUUGGAAAUAUAGGGGGUUUUAUAGGGGGUGAAGCCCUCGGACUCACAUCUGACUGUCAUUGAGUAGAAUCACUAACCCAAUUUACCCCCAUAACAGAGUGUGGAUUAUCUUAGGGCUUUAUAUACUUUUUCCAGCAAAGACUGUGAAGUGUUGUGACCCAGGCCCAAGUAGGUAGUAGUAAACGCUAUCAGUUCAAAAACAAACAGACUUUAUUAGAGUUGCUGGUCCCACCAGGGUUUUUAAGUGACGACUACCUGUAAUAAGAUGCUGAUGAAGGUCUGGGGGUUCUCAAGGAUUACCGUAAAGGGUCCCCAAAUGUUUGGUUGUGGCUGAGCUGUUCCUACUUGCUGGGAGCCGUUUUGAGGCUGAGAUGAACAUCAGAACAGAAGUCGCACUUUCCUGGAUUGGACAUCUGGCUCAUGGAGUCCAUCAACCAGUGCUCCCAGGAAGCUUUGCAGCCCCCAGGAAAAUACUUUAGCACAGCCAUGAUGGGAGGCAGCCUGCUUUUUCUCUGCUCUUUCCUAGUUCCAGUGAUCUUGGCAGAGGCAACUGAGCAAGAGAAAGAAAAGGAUCCCUUCAACUACGACUACCAGACCCUGCGGAUUGGCGGCCUGACCUUUGCCGUGGUUUUCUUCACACUCGGGAUCCUGCUCAUUCUGAGCAGGCGAUGCAGGUGCAGCUUCAACACAAAGGCCAGGGCUCCUGGUGAUGAGGAAGUGCAGGCUGAGAACCUGAUUGCUUCAAACGGUGGAGUCUGGUCCCUCCAGAAGCUGCUUGUCAGCAAGGCCAUAAUGGGCCGUGCCUGGUGUCCCUCAGGCCAGCCAGCCACAGGGCCAGGAAAGAAGCUGGAAUGGGAGGGGCUCUUCUUGGAAGUCUUCACUUGGCUCCCCAGGAGAAAGCCAGAGGAGAGUCCCUGGGGCAGAGGUGAGGAGGGAGCGUUGGAGAGCUGGAAAAACCCCAGAAGAGGCGUCCCCAUCAGACACGGGAGGGGGUCCUGCGGGCCCUCUAUUUAUUGCCCCGCGCAGUUGCUCUCCAGUCCUUUCCGUAGAAGGUCUGAGCGCUCCCAAGGGACGCGGGCAAAACCAGCAGGUGGCGCGAUGGGACCGCUUCCUUUCUCCCCCACCGAUGUGGCAAAAAAUCUGCCAGAGACCGAGAAAGCCAUAUUUUCUUACGACUACGAGACCAUCCGCCGCGGGGGGCUCAUCUUCGCCGUGGCGGCCUUCCUGAUAGGGCUCGCCAUACUCUUCAGUCGGCGGUUCCGCUGCGGAGGGAAGCAGCAGCGACGACCCGGCGAAGUGAACGAACUGUGAGGCCGGCUCUGUCCAGCGCACCUUUCUGCGGGCCUCCGGAGGGGGCCAGGGAGUGCGGGCGGCCUAGCCGGCGGCUUUAGCACCAGUGGCGGCUGCUAUGCCUCUUCCCUGCCGGAAAUGAGAGGCUGCGGACCGCGCAGUUGCUCGGAAGGCUCAAUGGGAAGCGUCUCCGGCCGCGCGUCCGGGGAAGCGACGAGCCUAAAGCUGCGCUUGGCUGCCGCCGUACCGCCUCUGGCCAUGAAAUAAAAGCGCCGCCUCCCAAGUCGGGUUUUAGCCUGAGAAAACCGGCUCC